AUGAAUUCUUUAUUGACCGUUAAAAGCAACGCUGACGAACCUGAUACCUCUGAUGGAAAAUUCAGCAUACCUGAUGCCUCUAACGGGAACGUCAAUAAACCUGAUACCUUUAACGGAAACGUCACAGUACCCGAUACUUUUAAAGUAGUACGUGAUAAUGAAAAUGUAAUUGUUCAUUUAUUGGACAAAGUUCUUGUAAAAUACUUGCGAAAUUUAUUGCCUGGAGAAAGUCAACAUGUACGCGCAGUAUGGAACGAACAUACAGUAGGUGCGAAAGUAAUCAAAGCAUCGUAUCAUAGUAAUUAUCAUCAUGAAUAUAUGAUUGUUCAAUGCGAAGUAAUCGAUUCAGAUGGUGUCUCUUUUAUUCGUGGAACAAAAUCAUUCUUUGUUGAAUCUUGGGAAGGUGUAUGUAAAAUCGAAGAACUUUCCGUUGUUCCAUUACCAAAAGAGAAUCCAAUUCGCGACGAGCUAGUAACACGGGGAAGAAAAUUCGUGAAAUACGCAAUCGGUCCGCAUUAUCUUCAUUACACCGGCAAUUUAUUUCGCGUUACCUUUUGGGGUCUCGUCUUUUUUAAAGCCAUAGGCCGCGUUAUGAUUGAUACCGUCUCAUUCACCAAAACUAAUCCAAGUUACAAUAUGGAUACCGCGAGGAGAGUUGUUAAUAAUGUUCAUAAUAAUAAAUAUAAUGUAAAAACUGUCUGUGAGGAAGAUCUUUUCAUGUGCGCACCUUCAUGUUAUGGAUUUAGUUUUGUGGCGAAAAAAUGGGGUCAAAUAUACGUUGAACAUAUAGAAGAUGUAAAAUUUGAUGAUGAUGUAUUCAAUCAACUUGUCAUGGAUCCAAUCAAAAAAGAACUGAUUCUCAGUCUUGUUACGUCAAAAUAUAAAGGAGUGGAUCUUAUCAGCGGUAAAGGUGGUGGUUGCAUCUUUUUAUUACAUGGACCUCCUGGAGUUGGGAAAACAUUAACCGCAGAAGCAAUUUCCGAGUUUCUUCAUCGACCAUUAUAUUCUGUUAGUGUUGGAGAAUUAGGGACAAAAGUUGUUGAUUUAGAAGCUAAAUUGAGCGAAAUUCUUGAUGUGGCAAGUGUUUGGAAUGCCGUCAUAUUAAUCGAUGAAGCCGAUAUAUUCCUUGAACGUCGAAGUGAAGAUGACAUCAAACGCAAUGCUCUAGUUAGUAUAUUCUUAAGGUUACUCGAAUACCAUCAAGGAAUUUUGUUCUUGACAACAAAUCGAGUAAAUUGCUUUGAUACCGCUUUCACAUCUCGUAUUUCGGUUGCCUUGAAAUAUAAUGAACUGGAUGCUGAUGCACGUGAACAAUUAUGGCGUACAUUUUUGGAUCGCGUUGAAGGAAAAGGCAAAACCCAGGUGAAUAUUAAUUAUUUGAAAGAGAGGCCUUUAAAUGGAAGAGAAAUUAAGACGGCUGUAAGAUUAGCAAAGGCAUUAACUACGAAAGAUAAUCCUGAUGCAUUAAUCACUACACAACAAUUGGAAGCAAUUCUCGAUAUUUCAAAAUCUUUCACUGAGGAGAUCUUUAAUUAG